GCGGGCGGGCGGGGCCGAGGGCGCGAGCGGCGAUGAGGAGCCGCGCGGAGGUGGAGGCGACGCUGCAGGUGGCCAAGGUGGAUCCCGCCGCGCUGCUGCCCGCCGCCCACUGCCUCGCCUUCGGGGCCCCCCGGCCCGGCCCGCGGGAGCUCUGCCUCCUGCAGCUCCCCCCGGACCUCUGCCCGCUGCUCGAGGCCGGACACAGCCUCGUCAUUCGCGGGGACAAAGACGAACAGGCCGUGAUCUGCAGUAAGGAGAGAACCUACGACCUGAAAAUAGCCGAUACGUCAAAUACGUUGCUCAUCAUUCCCGGUUGCAAAACUCCGGAACAGUUGUCUGCCACGGAGGCACCGGGAGACGUGAUUCACACGCAGAUCUUUGGUUUCUCCAACAAUUAUUGGGAAUUAAGACACUGUCGACCCAAACUGAAGAAACUGAAGAAACUCUUGAUGGAAAACCCUUAUGAAGGACCUGUCAGUCAAAAGGAAAAGGAGUCGAAUCUUCCAAAAUAUACCACUGAAGAUUUCUUUGAUCAGGUCCAAGCAAGCGAGGAAGAAAUCCUGGCUCAGUUACAAGUCCUAAAUGCCUGUAAAAUUGAAGGAUACUGGCGGAUUCUUGAAUUUGAUUAUGAAAUGAAACUCCUGAAUCACGUAACUCAACUUGUGGACUCGGAAUCUUGGCCAUUCAACAAAGUCCCGUUACGUACCUGUCUGGCGGAACUUGGGCCCCUGGAACCUGAAGAAAUGAUACAACACUGCCUUGAAUGUUACGGAAAGAAAUAUACUGCGGAAGGUGAAGUUUACUUUGAAUUGAACGUGGACAAGAUAUGCAGAGCGACAGCGCAAAUGCUGCUACGGAAUGCAGUGAAAUUCAAUCUCGCUGAAUUUCAGGAAGUUUGGCAGCAGAGUGUUCCCGAAGGAAUGACAACUCACCUGGAUCAGCUCAAGGUGACUGGGGAGAUUCCAAAGCCGUUCCUUGGGGACCCGGGUUUGGCCCUGACGGAUAGAAACUCCAGACCAGAAACCGUCUUUUUACUAAAGGUGGAUGACUUGCCUGAGGGAAAUCAGGAAAGAUUCAACAGCCUCUUCACGCUGCGGGAGAAGUGGACGGAAGAAGACAUCGCUCCCUAUAUCCUUGAUCUCUGUGCAGAGAAACAAUCUAUAGGUGCCCUGCUCACUAAGUAUUCCCGUUCUUCAAUGCAGAACGGCGUUAAAGUGUACAAUUCCAGAAGACCCAUCUCCUAAAAAUGAAAUACGUGCCAAGAGUCCCUCACAAGAGACAGACGUAGAUAAGUGCCAAUUGUGAAUUCCAGUAGGCUGAACUACUGUUACCCUGCCUUUUUGUAAAGACCUUUUAAUAUGAGAAAUCUCACGGAAUUAAACUCUUUUGGAGGUUGUUAUCCGGG